UUACUUGCUUUGUUUUGAGCCGACAGUGCACAAGAGGAGGGUUACUAGUUGUGUCACCUAGAAUCAAUAGUGUGGAAUAUUAAUUUACAAGUGAAUUAAUGAUCUUUCGUGAUAUCUUUUAGUAAGUAAAGUAUCUCUCGUUUGAUGGAUAUACGUGACAAGUGUUUGUAGUUGAGAAAAUUAAAGAAAUGAGCUUGAGAAGACACGCUCAAUUCAUCAGUCGUACAAUUUUUGUACAGAACAACGACGUGGACAAGGCAUGUCGCAUAUUAAAUCGCAUAUUAUCCAAAGAGGAAAUAUUUGGCCAAUACAGACGCACCAGGUACUACGAAAAGCCAACCUAUGCCAGACGCAGGAUCAAUUUUGAGAAAUGUAAGGCAAUUUACAACGAAGAUAUGAACAGGAAGAUUGAAUUUCUUCUACGAAAAAAUAGAGUGGAACCAUUCCCUGGUGCAUCAUAAAACUACAGAUCUUAGUUUCAAUUGUACAAUUGCGAAGCUUUCUACAAGUUUAUUUACAUGAUUUAAUUUAUGAAUGCUGGUACAGAAAUAUAGAGAAAAUGUUUUAUCGCAACAAA